AUGGGGCCGGAAAAAUCGUCGCCGAAUUCGGUCAUAGGUCCGAGAGACGGCAAGGUGUCCAGUGGUGGGAACAUCGUGCUGUUGCUGGAGUACAGUCUGCUGAAGAUGAGACAGAAUGACGAUUGGCAGCUCGGGCCCGUCUGGGAGAUGUCGUUCAGCAUCUCCGUGGGGCACGUGAAGAUGAGCGCCGACGAGCUGGCCGAGAAUGUCAAGGCGACCGAGACCGCACUCCUGGGGUGCAUCGGAAAGAGAUGGGAGACCAUCAACGCCCUGAGCCUCAAGUCGACCAUGGGACCCGCGUUCAAAUUACUUGCCGACGUGGUUCAGGAGAGUGAGGAAGAGUCAACAACCUCUGCGACAGAGCCUGAACCAGAACCGGAGUUACCUACGCCACCGAAUUCGGCUUUGCUGCAAAGGAUCGGCGAGGAGGAGCUGUACGAAUGCGUCAACGCUGUGCUCGGCGCGGCGGCCAAGAAACGCCGCAGAUUCCUGGAGAUGGUCGACCUGCUGGUCUUGCUCAAGGACUACGACUUCAAGAAGUACAAGCGUCUUAAAGGCGUCAUCAAGCUGCCGCACGUUGUAAAGCCGACCUUUCGGGGCUGCAUGAUCGGCUACAACGCAGACAGAAAAGAAGCCAGGGCCUGCAACCUUGACUUCAUAUCUGUCGACGAAGUCAUGCAGCUGAAGGGGCGGCCCACAGCGAUUAAAAAGCUCGCGGCGAGGUACGACGCCUUCUUUGCGCCCAAAGAUUAUUAUCUACUGAGAGAUCUCAACAAGCUCUUGGAACAAAAUUUCAAAAAGGAGAGGAAGUGCAUCACGCCGGUUCCGCUGUACAUGGAGUUGGACGUGAAGGUGUGCGAGCUCAGGAGAAGCACCAGGCUGUGGAUGAGGAGGGAGCUGUCGUUCGGCAUCUCCGUGGGCCAUGUGAAGAUGAGUGCCGACGAGCUGGCCGAGAACGUCACGGUGACUGUGAACGAAGUCCUGAAGCGACUCAAGAAAGGAUGGGAGAACGUGCGCGGGCUGAGCGUCAAGUCCUCCAUGGGGCCCAUUUGCAAACUCUACUGA